UCUGCAACAUUCCUCUCUGCAUUGUUGUGUGAGAUCCUACCAGCUUUACAAUGAAAAUCGCGGUCAUCUUUUUGAUAAUAGGCCUAAGCAGCUGUUAUAAUGCUGCAUCUGUUUCAAAGACAGACUGUCUUGAACAACUCUUGCUGAAGGACACACCAGUUCUGCUCCAGACAUUGGGUAUAUUACUCUGCAACUACAAAGUAGCCCAGAAACAACAAAAUGGAGAAAUGUUCUUGGACUUUCUAAAUCAAGUGAAUGUGCUUCUGGGAAAAGUUGGUUGCACCAUUAACACCCUUCUCGGAACACAUGUGACUCUGAAUGUUUCUAAUGCUGAACAGAUAGCUGAUGAAGUUGCUGCUGUGCUGUUUCAAUUCCUGCAAGGCCUUAUUGCAAAAGCAAUGAAAAUCUUGAGUGAAAUUCCUUUCAUUGGUGAUUUAGUGAAUGACCAGGCGCUGUCUCAAGACAUCAGAAUUGUUGGAUGUGGAGUGUUGGUUGAUAUACUAACAGAUCUGGACAAAGUACUGAAAGUCAUUUCAGAAUUCACAAAUAUUUUUGCCAAGGUUUAACAAUUCUACCAUCCUAGAAACUGCAUUUGAGAACAAGCAAGUCAUAUUUGAUACAUGAACAUUUUUCAACACAUUUCAUGUUAUUACCCAGUUAAACCAUAAACCUUUACUUGUAAGUUUAGUAUAAUAAAGUGAUGCAGAGCUGGU